AAGACUAUGAAUACGUGGGUAUCCGAGCAAUUGCAGAGGCUAAACGUCGUCGGCAGCGUCAAGGUCAGCACCGGAUGGGUGUGAAUUGUCGUGGUCGUGAAGCAGCCACGUCAGCUUGCAUUUUGGAAUUCCCCACGCUUUGCGAUGCCAUCUGCUACUUAUAAGUUUCAAGCUCUCUACCGAGUUUGAAGCUACUGGGACUCUGCUUUCUUGACACUGUCGUCGAACAUGUUGUUGUCAAACCUAUUCGCUGUGUCACUCGCCCUGACACCUUCGUUGGUGUCAGCAGCCCUCUUUUCGAAGGAUUCACUUGUGAAAUCGAUCGACCCGAAAGGAUUCAGAGAAGCAUUGAAGGAGAACAUAACUAGUGUGGUUGCAUUCGUCGCACCAUGGUGUGGGGUCACUGUCAAAGAAUGGCACCGGAGCUCAACAAGGCUGCUCUCGGCCUUUAUCCACUAAUACCGACGUACGCCGUGGAUUGUGACAAAUACAAGGGUUUCUGUGCGAAGCAAGGCGUCCAAGGGUUCCCUACCGUCAAAGUAUGGCCUCGCGGCCGUGAUUCAGAUCCUGUUACCUUUGAUGGUCCGGAUCGCACCGCAAGCGCAUUCUUCUAUUGGGCUUCUCGCAGUAUACCUCACGCCAUUAAGAAGAUUUACAAAGUUGAAGAUGUUCCGAAAUGGGUGCAGGAGCAUUCAACGGAGACUCGAGCCUUGCUAGUAAACAAUGGAAAGCAUAUUCCGCUUCUGUGGCAGGUUCUUGCAAACAAGUACAGGGAUUACUUUGCAUUUGCAAUUCACCGCGAUCGCAAGGGCAAGAGCUCGGUCAAGAUGGGCAUGGAGGCCGGCGCAAAGGGAACAUCCAAGGUUCUUAUAUAUCCUCCCGGCAAAACUGAUUUCGUGCGCUUCGAAGGUAUCACGAAGUAUGAUUCGCUGUCUAAAUUCUUCGAUUCUAUUAUCGAUGGCACCGCAAAUCUCGAAAUAGCAAACAAGGAGGCAGCGCAGGAAGAUUUCGUUCCCGACGAAACUGAGCUCGAAAUUGAACGCCAACAGGAAGCUCAGCGGAUGGCUCUCGCGCACGGUGGAUUUAGUGACCUGAUCGAUUUUGAGGAGGCCGUCAAACAGUAUGGUACUGAUUUCCAUGGCAAGCAUGGAUACCCUGGUAUGAUGGGAGGUCCUCCGAUGCCGAUGAAGAAAGAUGCGAAGUCCAACGACGACAAGCCUGAGGAUCCAAUUCAAAAGAUCCUUAAGCAUCAGAAGGAGGAGGCUGAGAAGAGUGCGAAAGCGCCAAAGAUGGCAAAGACCGGUGACGGCGGUGAGAUUGUGUUGGAAGUACCGACAGAGACUGGUCACCCCAAGACCCCUGUAGCGGACGCAGCGGCGACUGAGACUCCUGCAGAAUCGACUCUUUCCGCGUCUUCAUCGGCAUCGUCUGAUGUUCCUGAGGAACUGCUGACAUCAUCCACUGUCGAACCUACUGCUACUUCAGAGCACGAUUCUGUUCCCCGUAGCACAGCUCAUGAUGAGUUGUAGCAGUCAUGUACACUAUUCGUAUAAACUUCAUUACGAUCGAGUAACUUAUUUGAGCAGUUUGAUAUUAUCGAUAACCUUCACAACGUUACUACUGUCGAUCGAGCUCGCAAUGGAACGACAUAUAUUAUAGUUGAUCAUACGCUCCGGUGUUAAACCCGAUUGGUACAGGCAAGCUGUGUUAUUCCGAACUUCUGCAGAGGUUUCUCUCUUGCUCAAAAGCUUAUUCCAAGCUUACCAGAAAUGGCUCUUUGGGCAGGUUGAUAGACUUGGAAAUUGGAUCGCGCAUUCUUCCGAGACUCGACCGCUUGCCAGAUAGCUGCAUCGAUGUCCAAAGCACUCCUCCAGAACGCUCAGAACGCUGACUCUCGUUUCUUUACUCACAUAAACGCUCUGGACGGUC